AUGGUCGUCGGUGGACAUUCCGUUCUCAAACACCACACGGACGCGGAGCUUCGUGGGCUCCACGGUGGACACCACUGCGAUGAUCACACAAGCGGCAGCAACGCAUUCGCUGCGCCUCAAUGCUUGGUUGUCGGGUGGACAGAGGCUCAUCGGACCCAGCGCACCGAAAAGCACGACUUACCAAGUGAACAGAGUCGACUGCAGGGAAAGAAAUUCCGCGAUUCGGCACAUGUGAAUAUUCACCAGCUCUACAAGCAAAAAGGCGACAAUGUUACCAGACUUUGA